ACUAAUUAUGUUGUGGUUAAUUAAUUAUAAUAACAAUAGCUGGAAAUAUAAAAUCAAUUUUUUCAAAUUAAGUGUAAAUAAUUAUUUAUUUUGAUAAAAAUAUUUUUAGAAUUAUUAGACUGGAAAAUGAUUAGAAUUGAUUUUCUUAAACUAAAUGGAAUUUUAUUUUCAAUUCUUUUAUCAUUUAUCAUAAUUUUGGAUCCAUCUAAUGGUGGUAUUGCACCACCGCAUUGGGUUGAUUUAAAACGAAAUCCGUGUGCGAGUCAAGGAUGGCAACUUUUAUAUUGGGCACCAGAUCAAGCUUGCUACAAAAUAUUUCAGACUGGCUAUCCAUGUCCAGAAACAAUGGAAUUAACACCAUCAUUAUCGGAAAAUGUAGCUGAAUGUAAAUGCCCACCCGGUACAGCACAAUUAUUAGAUGAACCAACAAACCAAGACAAUGACAAUUCAACCAUAUCAAAAUGUUAUAACUUAUUUGAAAAAGGACCUUGUAAAAAUAAUCAGUUUUUUUCACCCGAUACAAAUAGUACUAAAUCAAGUACAAGUAAACGAAUUGGAGUAUGUCGAAAUUUAGAAACUUGUCCAAAUCCAUCACAAAUUUGGUGGCCCAGAGAUGAACGUUGCUAUCAAAAACUUACUCGUGGACCAUGCCCUGAAGGUCAGUUAUUAAUUAAAAAUUCAGAGGAUGAAUUACCAACAUGUGACUGUCGACAUGAUAAUAAAGACUUACAAUUAUAUUAUUGGAACCAAGGAAAUUCGUGCCAUGAGUUAUAUACACCUGGACCAUGUACAACAAAAGGUCAUUUAUUUUUGCCGGGUGGAAAAUGUGGAUGUUCGGUAGACUUGCCGCAUUUUCAUAGGGAAACCUCACAGUGUUACAAACUAGGAGAUAUUGGACCAUGCUCAGCGGGGCAUCAAUUUAAAAUUGUUCCUGGAAAUAACGAACUUAAAACUGGUCAUGUUCGUGCAAAAUGUGUUUGCAAAGAAGGCUACGUUUUCUGGAAAAGAGAUGGAAAAUGUUAUCGUCUUUAUACCCAAGGUCCAUGUGAUCUAGGACAAUUUUUAAUCAAUUCAACAAGUUGUAUGAAUGUGCCAUGUGAUAAAGGAUAUUUAUAUUUUCCUAAAGAAAGUACUUGUUACCGAAUUGGUUCCCAAGGUCCAUGUAACAAUGGAUAUGUUGUUACGUUUGAUUACAGUUCUCGACCAUCUAUCGAUGGUAUAUCAUAUCAAGGAACAUGUGAUUGUGCAAUGGGUAAAGGAUUAAAACAAUGUCAUGAAUUAGCGAAAAAAUCACAUUGUGAUCACGGAAAAGUGUUAAUGAACAAUAUUUGCCAUAUGUUAUACACUCAGGGUCCAUGUGAUAAUGGACAGUGGCUAUAUCCCAAACGAACACCGAAGUGGCAACUUUGGGAGGAGGAAGAAUCGGAAAGUGCUAAUAAUGGAAUGUGUCGGUGUAAACCUGGUUAUAGUGAAGUGAGAAAAAUGGAAAAUCAAACUUUAAUAUCCAUAACUUGUGAGCCACCUUUAGUAAAUUUAGCAUCUUAUUUAAAUUCGAAUUUGUUUUUACGAACUUUAAACAAAUUAAUUUUGUAAAUAGUUAAUUAAAUUAAUAAAAUGUUU